AUGCGAAGCAAAUCCUAUAAAUCGGGGCGUUUCGAUGUCAAAUACCACGAAAAAAAACCGGGCCAUCGCUCAAAUUACAUGGACCUCACCCACACCAGUGGCUUUCUGCUUGCCUGCUAUUUCAUUUUGCGUGGCCGGCCACAGAGUUUUUUCGCGAUCUUCGCCGUGAAAUGUGCUUCGUUCUCUCAGAUGAAUCGAGGGACUUCCAAAAGAUCUGCGUGCAGCAGUGUCGGCAUGCCCCAGCAUGCCUCUGUCAAGCAGGCGAACCAACUCUUAGAGAGGUCCGUCCUCCUGAUCUUUCUCGUAACCUCUCUCAGAGGAACUUGGUUCCUCGAACAACCCCGAGGAUCAUGCCUUGAAUUUUAUCCAACGUUUCGGAAACUGUUCAUGGCACUUUACAUCACCAGACACCGGCCUGCAGUGUUCCGUGUCAGCUGGUGGAUGGGCCACUUUGCUUCGGCCACACCGAAGCGUCACUAUGGAUAUGCCAACAGUGCCAAAAUUAGAAGUUUGGACCGAGGAGUGCUACACCGCAACAGCCUCUUUACGAGGGAGUAUCCCGUCCAGUUUGCCUGCCACUUGGCCCGCCACUGCGAGAUCCUCAAGAGCACCGGCGAGGGAUAUCCCCAGGCAGAGGUGGUUCCAGCAGCUACAGAGACUUUUCGGUCCAUGAUGUACAAUUGUGAGCCUGAGCUAUGGGAGUUCACGAGUUUCGAGCCACUGUUUGUGUAUCUGCGUGGGGCCAAAAGGCUCAAAAUCCCCGAAGAGUGGAGAGAGCUGAUCCCCAGAAGCUUCCCCUCUUGA